UGGAAGUGAGAACACGCUAGUUGAGCUCGCAAAGUUGUGAAAUUAUUGUGACACAGUUUACGAUCUUUUCGUCCUUGUAUUGUUGAUAAGUGAACGCAAGUUAUUUACUGUUUGUGUAAAGUGCCAGUGACAAUUCGAAGCUCGGCUUGGAUUGCACCAAAAAUUAGUGAUAUUUACAAUCUGAAGAGUAUACAUUUAAACAAGAAAAUGUACAACGAAUCAGUAGUUCCUGUGAAAGUGGAGUCCUUCAGUGGAAUGGCUGCUAAAAGCCCUAUCGGCAAGUGCAUCAAGACUGUACUUAGGCGGGCUUGUGUUGAGAAACGGCUGACUGUAGGUCUUCUCCCCGCCAUACAGUACUUGUCAAACAACUGCAACGGUGCCCUGUUCUGUGUGACGACGGAGGCGCCCCCCGGCGACAGCGCCACGCACAUGCAAGAAGUGUUGUUGCAAGCUUUCUGCGUUGAAAAUGAUAUUUAUUGCAUCAAGGUCGACUCCGAAUCUAAAUUAAAGAAAAUCCUCGGAUGCUGCAAAACAUCUGUCGAUUUCAGCUGCAUUUUGGUCCACUAUCCUUACACUGAUCCGUUUAGUGACAGCCAGGAAAUUGAUUUAACAAGCCUCACAGACACGGAGAAAGACCUAAUUGAUUAUUGUGAAAAUAAUUGGGGACAUUCACAAAUCCCCGUCGUCAAAUUGCCAGAGAAGUGAAUUCUUCGAAAAGGAAUUGAACGGACAUAGAAUUAAUGACCUUAAGGUCUUUGUAUAUUGAACGAUUUCGUUCUAAGCUUUUCUUUGAAUAACCACUGUAUUAUGGAUUUUAGUGGUGUUAGAGAAUUUUCUCUUGUAGAAAAGAUGUAAGAUAUGGAUUAUUAAGAAAGUAUUUUUGUAUAAUGGUACAAUUUCAUGUCGCCAUUGUGGCUUUCUGAAUAUAUAUUUGUAUAAUAUGAUGUUGGCAGGAGUUUGUAAUGAUUUUCUAUGUGUAUAAUUGUUAAUAUGAAUAAUCAUGUUUAAUAAAUACAAUAAUAUGGAA